AUUCUGUUUUUUUCUUUUAAACCAAAAAUAACAAAAUGGGAAAUUCACAAUCUGGCAUGCCAAGAGGCAAUGACAAAAAGGAUAAGGAGAAAGAUAAAAAGAAGAAGUGGGAACCUCCCGUUCCUACUCGUGUAGGAAAAAAAAAGAAGAGAGGACCAGACACAACGGCUAAAUUACCUCAAGUCUUUCCUACAACACGCUGUCGUCUCAAGAUGCUCAAGAUGGAACGUAUCAAAGAUUAUCUCUUACUCGAAGAGGAAUUCGUACAAAAUCAAGAAAGACUCAAACCUCAAGAGGAAAGAGAUCAAGAAGAAAGAACACGAGUGGACGAUCUUCGUGGCUCACCAAUGACUGUGGGUUCACUGGAAGAAAUCAUUGAUGACGACCAUGUUAUUGUUUCUUCAGCCACUGGGCCAGAGUAUUAUGUCUCAGUCAUGAGCUUCGUAGACAAAGAUUUAUUAGAGCCUGGAUGCAGUGUCUUGUUACACCAUAAAACUAUGUCUGUCGUGGGUGUAUUGGCAGAUGAUACAGAUCCUAUGGUGAGUGUCAUGAAGUUGGAAAAAGCACCUACAGAAUCCUAUGCAGAUAUUGGUGGUUUGGAAAAGCAGAUUCAAGAAAUUAAAGAAGCUGUCGAAUUACCUCUGACACAUCCUGAACUUUAUGAAGAAAUGGGUAUUAAGCCACCAAAGGGUGUUAUUCUCUAUGGUGUACCAGGUACAGGUAAAACUUUACUGGCAAAGGCUGUAGCCAAUCAAACAAGCGCCACCUUCUUGCGUAUUGUCGGUUCGGAACUGAUACAGAAAUAUCUCGGUGAUGGUCCCAAGCUUGUUCGUGAAUUAUUCCGUGUCGCUGAAGAAAAUGCACCAUCAAUUGUGUUUAUUGAUGAAAUUGAUGCUGUUGGUACUAAGCGUUACGACUCUACUUCGGGUGGUGAACGUGAAAUUCAGCGUACCAUGUUGGAAUUGCUUAAUCAGUUGGACGGUUUUGAUUCAAGAGGUGAUGUCAAAGUGAUUAUGGCAACAAACAAGAUUGAAAGUUUGGAUCCUGCCUUGAUUCGUCCAGGCCGUAUUGAUCGUAAGAUUGAAUUCCCACUUCCUGAUGUAAAGACAAAGCGUAGAAUUUUCAAUAUCCACACUUCAAGAAUGACAUUGGCUGAAGAUGUUGACUUGGAAGAAUUUGUCAUGUCUAAAGAUGAUUUAUCUGGUGCUGAUAUUAAGGCUAUUUGUACUGAAGCAGGUCUGAUGGCUUUACGUGAGCGUCGUAUGAAAGUAGUAGCAGAAGACUUCCGUAAAGCAAGAGAGAAGGUGUUAUAUAGAAAGAGUGAAGGAACACCUGAAGGCUUAUACCUUUAA